AACAAGCAGACCUGGCUUUCAGUGCAAUAAAGGACAAUGACAUACUGUACACCAUGUGUACUGUCCCUAUAACUUGCUGGAUUGUAUGUACAGUUAUGAGACCACUACUAAAAAAGGGAUUAUCUGUGAUUGAUUCCAAAACAUCCACUUCCAUUUACCUGUUGUACCUAAAGGGUUUAAUAAAGUAUCAUGGAAGGGACUCUGCACAGUCAAUACCAUCACUUAUAAAGAAGCUGUGUGCUUUGGCCAAUGAAGGAGCUUGGGACAGCAGGAUUGUAUUUGAAGAAUCAGAUCUUGUAAGACAUGGACUCUCUGUGUCAGAGCUGGAGUCUGUGUUUCUAAAUGAGAACAUCUUCCAUAGCGACAUUGACACCCACACCUGCUACAGCUUCAUCCAUCUGAGUGUGCAGGAGUUCUUUGCUGCUCUCUACUAUGUCCUGGACCAUAAAUCAGUGAAAAAAUACUUUCAUUUCUUGAAGAAUAAUAAUGUUAAAAACUUACUGAAGGCAUCAGAAGAUCAGCCACAUCUAACAUUAACUGUACAAUUCUUAUUUGGUCUUUCAAGCAAAAAACAAAUUCAGGAGACUAAGAAAACCAUUGGUUGUCCAAUUUCAUUCAGGGAAAAACCUAUCUUGGUGGACUGGCUGAAGAGACAGUCAUUGGACUGCCAUAACGAAAUACUAUGCUGCCUGUAUGAGACACAGGAUGAGGUCUUCGUGGGGAAAAUGAUGUCUCACUUUCUAAACAUUAAAAUUAACAUUCUCAAUGAUAAAAAAGGGAGACAGGAGAACAUUGGUUAUCGAGCUGUGGCCUACUGCUUGGAGAGAAGUACAAUACAACAUUCUGUUACUUUUUAUGUCUACAUAAUAGGACCAAAGGCUCGGAAUGUUCUCUCUAAAGCACUUUCCAAGUGUUCGCAACUUCGUUUCAAGAGAUGCAGAUUUCCUGUUACAGAGGACGUGAGUCAGGCUGGAUCCAGUUUAUCUGGGAUGUUUGGAAAGUGUCAGAUGAAGGAACUAAAGUUACAUAGUUGUGGUCUGACCUCCUCCUGCUGUGAUGAUCUCCGCACUGUUAUUACUUCAAACCGCUCUCUGACCAGACUGAACCUGUCAUUCAAUGCCCUGGAGGACUCUGGAGUAAAACUCCUGUGUGAGGGACUGAGACAUCCGGCCUGUGCUCUAGAAGAACUUAGGAUAAGGGGCUGUGCUCUGACCUCCUCCUGCUGUGAUGAUCUCUGCUCUGUUAUUACUACAAACCGCUCUCUGACCAGACUGGACCUGUCAUUCAAUGCCCUAAAGGACUCUGGGAUAAAACGUCUGUGUGAGGGACUGAGGCACCCAUCCUGUGUCUUACAUGAUCUUAUGUUAUGGAGCUGUGGUCUGACCUCCUCCUGCUGUGAUGAUCUCCGCUCUGUUCUUACUACAAACCGCUCUCUGAUCUCACUGGACCUGUUACGAAACAAUCUACAGGACUCUGGAAUAAAACGUCUGUGUGAGGGACUGAGACAUCCAAACUGUGCCCUACUGGAACUUCGGUUAUGGAGCUGUGAUCUGACCUCCUCCUGCUGUGAUGAUCUCCGCUCUGUUCUUACUACAAACCACUCUCUGACCAGACUGGACCUGUCAUAUAAUUCUCUGGGGGACUCUGGAAUAAAACUUCUGUGUGAGGGACUGAGACACCCGGCCUGUAGCCUAGAGCAUCUUAGGUUAGAGGGCUGUGGUCUGACCUCCUCCUGCUGUGACGAUCUACUCUCUGUUAUUAUUAUGAACAACUCUCGAACCAGACUGGACCUGACAGGGAAUGCUCUGGAGAACGUUGGAAUAAAACUUGAGGAGCCUGUGAUUCCGCCUCUGUAGCUUCUGGUGUAAAAUGAUUGAGUUACAUCCAGAAAAUUGUGUUAGAUUGAAAAGUGCAUAUAUAUCUGUAAUGAAUGGGGAUUCACACAGUGGCUCACAAGUCAGAAACAUUGCACCUCAGAGAUAAAUGUGAGUCUCAACUUGUACUCAGAGAUGGACCCACUACUGAACUGCCCACAAUAUUUCCCAUAUGCCCAUGACACGCCAGCAUUCACGUGGCGUGUAUCACCCAUAGUUGUGUAUGCUCAGCAUGGAUGAACGUGCAGUGCAAGAUCCAUCCACAAGUGUUGGUGCAGCUCUGAGACAGCCUCAAUGUGAUUUCUGUGUUACCUGCAUCUAUACAUAUCUGCAUUGGGAUUCCACUGGGAGAUCCUGGGUUUGUCUAAAGUUCUCACAAUGGGGGUAAUUCUGAGUUG